AUGGAGAUUUCAAACGAUGGGAGUCAAGAUUCGAUGAAUAUCGACAAAUUUGAAAAUGUUAAAGAAGAGGAGUCUAUUUUGCCAAUAGCAUCUGAUCAAGUCUCAGAGGAGAUUGGCAAACCUCAUGUAGAGGAUGGUUUAACACCAGAGUCAUCAAAAGUAAAGCAAGAGGAGCCAAAAAGUCCUGAAUCCUCAAGCACUGAAACAGACACAGAAUUACAAAAAUUAGGAUCAACAAUUCCAAAGAAACAGGCUGGUACAGUAACUCGUAAAGGACCGCGAAGGACAAAACCAGGGUCUUCUAUAAAUGUAGAUUUCGAAGGUCCUACUUAUUGUCUUUGUAAAGGACCUGAUGAUGGUAGAUGGAUGUUGGGAUGUGAUGGCUGUGAAGAUUGGUUUCAUGGAGAAUGUGUCAAUAUUCCAGAGUCUUACGAUGAAUUGACAGUUCAGUAUUUUUGUCCCAGUUGCACGGCUAGUGGUCAUGGUGUGACCGCAUGGAGAAGGAAGUGUAGGCUUCGGGAAUGCUCAAAACCUGCUGAAGCCUCAUCAAAGUAUUGUUGUCAUGAGCAUGGUGUCCUUUUCAUGCGAUCUAAACUUAAAAGUAUGACACUUGAGCCUUCCUCCUUAAAAACAUUAACUAUGGUUGCAGAUAACUUUGAAGUAUUCCGUAAUUUUGGCAGCCAGGCACCUUCCUUACCAGAGAUAAUUCUACCAGAAAACGUCUAUGCGUUUGAACGAACCAAUCUAGAAAGCAUUGAACAGAGUUUGUCAACAAUGCAUGAGAAAGUUCGUUUUGCUCAAGAAAAAAAGCAUUUCCUUCAGCUUGUGAAGGAUGCUUCACGAACUCUUGUUCAAGAGUUUAAAGAAAAAGAAGGGUUGAAAAAGGAUAUUUGUGGAUUUGAUAAUCGCCUGUUAAUGAAUGAUAAGGACUUAAAAAAUUUAUGGCAAUCCAUAUCUCCGGAAGCUCCUAUUACAGAACUAGAGCAAAUGCUAGAGCAAAUGCAAUGUACCUCUGAUUGCAUCUGCUUACAGGAAAAGCGGAGGUGCUUAAAACAUGCAAAUUGGCAAAUUAUAUUUUCAGAGGAUAUAAACCAGGAGGAGAAGGGCUUGAUGCAUAAAUUAGAACAAAUGGAGACUGCUAAGCAACGUCUAAUAGAUCAUCAAAAGGAAAGAGCAAUACUGGAUGUCGAGCAUGAAGGCCAUCCGGAGUUUCAUCGCUCCCAAAUAUCAGCGGAAAGAAUGGAAAGACUUUUGCGAUGA